AUGUCUCCAGCUUUGAUUUGGACAGCUUUCAUAAUACUUACAAUUGUUCUUCUCCUCAAUUCAUUGUUGAGAAAGAGCAAGCAGAAAUUGCCUCCUAGUCCAAGAGGGCUUCCUAUUCUAGGACAUCUCCAUCUGUUGGGAAUAAAUCCUCACCAGGAUUUGCAUAAGCUCUCUAAGCAACAUGGUCCUAUCAUGCACUUACGAUUCGGAUUUGUGUCAAACAUCAUUGUUUCAUCCCCCCAUGCAGCUGAGCAAUUCCUCAAGACACAUGAUCUUGUUUUUGCUACUAGGCCACCUCAUGAGGCUGCUAAAUAUAUCGGUUUUGGGCAAAGAAAUCUGUCCUUUGGGCAGUAUGGUCCAUAUUGGCGCAACAUGCGUAAAUUAUGCACCUUAAAUUUGCUUAAUAGCCCCAAGAUCAGUUCAUUUCAGUCUAUGAGGAGGGAAGAGCUUGGAUUGUUUUUGGAAUCACUUAAAGGGGUGGCUCUUAAUCAUGAUGUCGUUGAUAUUAGUGCUGAAGUUGCUGCACUAAACGCGAACAUGAGUUGCCUGAUGGUGUUUGGGAAAAAGUAUGCUGACAAGGAAUUCGAUGAGAGGGGCUUCAAAGCUGUCAUGAAAGAAGCGAUGCAAUUAGCUGCAACACCUAAUCUUGGAGAUUAUUAUCCUUAUCUUGGAGUCCUUGACCUUCAAGGCUUGACCAGGAGAAUGAAGGCUGUUGGCAAAGUAUUUGAUGAAUUCUUUGAGAAGAUUAUCGAUGAGCACGAGCAAUCUGCAAACAAAGUUAGGCAAGCAGAUGAUUUUGUCUAUACCAUGUUGGCACUCAUGAAAUCUGGAGAAACUGAAUUCCAAUUUGAUCGCCCUCACAUCAAAGCCAUUUUGUUGGAUAUGCUUGCUGGAUCAAUGGACACUUCAGCUACAACUGUUGAAUGGACACUUGCAGAGCUCCUGAAAAACCCUCGAGUAAUGAAGAAACUCCAGCAGGAGUUGAAUGAAAAAGUGGGCUUGGACAGGAUGGUCGAGGAAUCAGACUUGGACAACCUGCAAUACUUGGACAUGGUUGUAAAGGAAGCACUAAGGCUCCAUCCUGUUGCACCAUUACUUAUUCCUCAUGCAGCUAGAGAGGAUUGCACAGUUGAUGGUUUCCAUAUACCAAAAGAUUCACGAGUGAUUAUCAAUGUUUGGACGAUUGGGAGAGAUCCAAAUGCAUGGUCUGAUCCUGAAAAGUUUAUACCAGAAAGAUUUGUUGGGAACAAUAUAGAUGUAAGAGGACAUGAUUUCCAACUUCUUCCCUUUGGCUCAGGCAGAAGAGGCUGUCCUGGAACGCAAUUGGGGCUCACUGUUGUUCGUCUUCUGGUGGCACAAUUGGUGCAUUGUUUCAAUUGGAAGCUUCCAAAUGGGAUGCUGCCUUCAGAGCUGGACAUGACCGAGGAAUUUGGCCUUGUAGUGACCAGGGCCAAGCAUCUGGUUGCUGUUCCGACCUAUCGAUUGAGCAAACAAUUAAGCAGUUUCUAA